AUGGAGAGGUUUGCGUUAGAAGACCUCCACCACUGGCAGCAAAAGUUUGCUGCUGCUGAGCUGCAGCGCUGCUGCAGCUCAGCAGCAGCAAACUUGUGCUUUGACUCUGCUGCAGCAGACACAAAAGCGGCGCUGCUGAAGCUCACAGAAAAGAGUCAACAAGAGGAGACAGCUGAGACAUGGAGCCCCUGGAAUGCAAGCAUCCGUGCUGCACUUGCUGCUGUGAUUUCGGCCAACACUGCAGCAGCAGCAGCAGCAGCAGCAGCAGCAGCAGCGGAAGCAACUAGCGUGCCUUCGCUGCACUCAGCGAGAAAGCUAAACGGCGAAACUUGUGAAGAGCAGCAGCAGCAGCAGCAGCAGCAGCAGCAGCAGCAGCAGCAGCCAAUUCAACUUCUUGAGCAGCUUGUUGCAGCAGCCUGGGGACUCAGCUCAGGCCGAGUGCCAUUUCUGCUGCUGGAGAGGCAGCAGUGGCGACUACGCGCAGCGCAUCUGCAGCAGCAGCAGCAGCAGCAGCAGCAGCAGCAGGUUCUUAAGGAAUGGCCUAUUCUGCUUCCACUUGUGGUUUCUCCGGAGACAUUUGCUUCUGCUCUACAGUCCACAACUUUUUCUGCUGCUGCUGCUGCUGCUGCUGCUGCUGCUGCCCCUGCUUCUUCCGUUUCACUGCUGCUGCUGAGCUGCCGAGACACCCCAGAUACCCCACAGGUGCUGCUGCGGCUGCAGACGGGAACGCCGCGCCAGCUGCUGCUCUUGCUGCAGCGGCUGCAGCAGCAGCAGCAGCAGCAGCAGCAGCAGCAAAGAGACAGCAGCAGGGAAGACGAAGCGCGCGUUGCGGUGGCCUUGCUGCACUCAGUUGCUGCCGCUGACCUUGCUGCUGCGUCUGCUGCUGCUGCUGCAUCAACUGCUGCUGGUGCUGCUGCUUCUGCUGCAGCAGAGGGAAGCACUGCAGCUGCAGGCACGGCGGAAUGCAAUGACUUGAGAGAUUUGCUGCUGCUGCUGCUGCAGCACUCUGUGGGGCUGCUUGUCAGUGCAGCGCAGCAGCUGCCCCCCGAGCUGCUGCUGCAUGCAGUUGGGGCUUUGAUACACCUCAGCAGCAGCAGGCCCCGCAUGCUGCUGCAGCACUUCAACGUGGAGCCGCUGCUGCUGCAGCUGCUGCAGGCAGCAAGCCCUGUGCUGCUGCAGCACCAGCGCAACCUAGACGAGCUCUUCGCAGAAGACACCAACGUCAUCAGCAGCAGCAGCAGCAGCAGCAGCAGCAGCAGCAGCAGCAGCAGCAGCAGCAGCAGCAGCAGCAGCAGCGUGGAGGGCGUGAGGGCCGCAAGGACUGCGGAGUUUCCGUUGAGAGCUGCUGCAGUUGUGCUGCCGCUGCUGGGGUGGCUGCAGCGCCGGAGUUCUGCUGCUGUGCAGAAUUAUAGUUUUGACAUUCUUGCUGCUGUUGCAGAUUGCGUUGGAGAAAGAAUUCAAGAAUUAGAUGCAGUGGAAGCAGCAAACUUGAUUUUUGCUGCUGCUGCUGCUCAGCAGCCUCUUGCGGCUUGGCAAGAAUAUCUGCUGUUCAUGGCUGCCCGGCACAUCCUGCGGGUGCCGCUGGAGGCGGAGUUGGGGGCUCGCGUUUUGUGUGCGCUUUCUGACGUUGGUUUGGAGGAUCAUUCGUUUUACUUUUCUCUUCUCGAGAAACUGAGACCUGAAAUUAAUCAUUUGCCGCUCGAUGUUCUCUGCGCUGUUCUCCGCGCCUGUGCAAAAGUCAGGAUCCGAGACAUUCCAUUCCUUUCCGGGGCUCUCCACCGCCUGGAAACCUCGAGGCAAAGCCUGCGGCCAACUCUGGCGGCUCAGGCGCUGGAAGCUGCAGGCGAUCUGGACAUGAAGGGAGAGGCCUACGAGGGGCUGUGGCGUUGCUGCUGCAGCGCGCUGCAGCAGCAGCAGCUGCUGCACGCCUCCUUGCUGCCCGCUGCGCUGCUGCUGCAGCAGAGUCCUGCUUUCACUCAACGCCUGCUGUCGGCGUGGACUGAGGCCUUUGUCUCUAAAAGUGGAAAGAUAAAUAAAUAUGUCAAAUCGCACAUCAUCAAGAAACAUCGGCUAAUGCUGACUGCAGACCUCGCGGGUCUCGUGAGCCUCCCUCUGCGUCUUUGCCAAGCCAUAUAUGAAUGGGAAGACAAAGCCGGAAACAAAGCAAAGCCUUCCAGCCCCUCUAGCAGCAGUUUCCACUUGGAGGUGGCGGCGGCUUUGCCAGAACUUGAAUUUCAGAAAGAGGCCCGCGCAGGCCCCUUCCUAGUUGACCUUUUGAUAGAGAUGAAUGCGGAAAAUGGACCAACUAAAGAAAAUAGAAAUGCAAUAAACAAAGAACAAGCAUUUCACAAUGAAAUAAGUCCGAACAGGAGCUCCAGAAACGCCAAUCAGGCGGCAGAGGCUAGCAGACCCCCUGGCGUGCCCCAGAAAGAUGCAACGAGUGCUUUCCACGCAGAACAGCCACUAAAACACACUUUGCACAAUUUUAAUUGUGAAAUAAAACGAAAAAAAUCCAAAGAAACAGAAGCGGUGCCGCCGCUGCACCGAACGGGUCAUGUUCCCAAGCAGCCGUGGGUCUCAUCAAGGAGAGCAGAAAGGGAAAUUCGCUUUUCCGUAGACUGA